AUGGCGAACAAUGAAGCCUCUCUUGUAGAGUUACAGUCAGAAGAACUAACUUACGUUAGACUGUUGAAUAACUGGGAAAUUCCCCCCAACCGCUUAAAGGUUCUGGAUGAUAUACUUGGAAUUGGAAAGUUUGGGAUUGUGAAAAAAGGGUUAUAUACAGCUUUCCUAGGUGAAGAACCGGUACAGGUUGCUGUGAAAAUGUUAAAAAAUAAUCCAACGGAAUCUGACGUGUCAGAUUUCUUAGAUGAGUUGGAGAUGUUGAAAAAAACUAACAAAGAACCACACCCAAAUGUCAUACGAUUUAUUGGAGCUUGUAUUUUAGAAGAGAAACUAAUGGUGGUGACAGAGUAUUGCUUUUGUGGUAAUCUGCAAAGUUUUUUGAAAAAAAGAAGAGUUAUUGACAACUCUUCAACAUCUGACUCGAAGUAUGUCAAAACAACUUCGACUUUAGACGGUCGUCAACUGCUGAAAAUUGGUGUGGAUGUGGCAAGUGGAAUGGUGCAUCUUUCUGAUCUGAAGCUGGUUCAUCGUGACUUGGCUGCACGAAAUAUUCUUAUCAGCCGUGACGAUAAUGUCGCAAAAAUUACGGACUUUGGGUUGACAAGGGAUAUUGCAAAUACUGAAGAAUAUAUGCGAACGAACCAGGACCUACUUCCAGUAAAAUGGAUGGCAUUGGAAAGUCUACUUUACGGUCGAUUUACGACUGCUAGUGACGUGUGGAGUUUUGGUGUCCUCCUUUAUGAAAUCGUAACUCUAGGAGAAAUACCAUACAAACAUUUAUCACCGUUUGUGAUUGUCAGCUACAUUAGUUCAGGAGGUCGAUUACAAAAACCGCCAAACUGUUCCAACGAAAUAUAUAAGAUAAUGAUGAAUUGUUGGGAUGUUGAUGAAAAGAAGCGACCAAGUUUUUUCCAACUAAGAAAAGAUCUCCAUGAUAUGUUAAUGCAUGAUCAGAAAUCUUACAUCAAUGUACAACAAGUGAAGGAGGAAGAAUUACGAACAACGACCACCCCUUGUCACGUGACUGUUGAAGAUGAAGCAGCUAUAAAGCUCUAG